AUGCCCGAUAAACAACAGCCGAGACGCCGAGGGCGGCCUAGAAAGGUCCAGACAGAAGAAGAACGACUAGCGGCGCAACGCAUACACUCGAGAACAUAUCACCACCGCCGAUUACAACAAAAAGAUAUGACCUCAAACCUUCAUACGGAGUUUUACCAGCACGUCCCUUACACUCCAGCCACCUCGUCGGCGGAACUUGAAACGCCGGGUUCUCGUAUAGCCCUGGACAGCUUCACUAUACCACCAUCGAGCAGCCCCGAAGAUUCAGUUGAUCCUGACCCUCCUUUGGUCGGUGACUCCAUGUGGGAUCAGGAUCAUAAUGUCUUUCGAAAUAAUGACCAGAAUUGUCCGUCUGAUGUGGACAGCACGACUUGUUAG